GGGCUGCCUGUGUACGUAAGUCUACAUGCGUCUUUUUACCGCUCUUGCGAUGGCCACCGUGAGGAGAAUCGUUAGUACCUCUAACGCCCCGUCGGCGAUUGGCGCUUAUAGCCAAGCUGUAAUAGCUGACAAAACCAUGUACAUCAGUGGGCAGCUUGGUCUUGACCCAAAGACAAUGGAAUUUGUUAGUCAAGAUGCUGGUGGGCAGACAAAGCAGGCACUUACUAACAUGGGUCAUAUCCUUGAAGCUGGAGGCUCUGCUUUCAACAAAGUUGUCAAGGCAACAGUCCUUCUUGAUGACAUCAAUGAUUUUCAGGCAGUCAAUGAAGUUUACAAAACAUUUUUCACUGAGAAGCAACCAGCAAGAGCUGCCUAUCAAGUUGGGAAGUUGCCAAAGGGUGGCAAAGUGGAAAUUGAAGCAAUCGCAAUUGUUGGAGAGGUAAAAGAUGAAUAAGAAAUUCCAAAUAAGACAUUGCCCCAGAAAGACAUGAAACGGUAGCAUAGUGUUUUAGUGUUUGAAAAAAUUAAUUGUUGGAAUAAAUUGAAAGUCAGCUAAUGAUAAGGCAAACAUCUUGUAAUGUUUUCAAAUUAUCUUUUGUAACAUUUUUGGGGAAAUAAAGCCUUAGUUAGUCUUCUUA